AUGGCGCUCAAAUACACUAAUAAGCUUCAAGACAAGCUUGUCGUCGUCGUUGGGGGUACUAGCGGCAUUGGCUUUGGCACGGCCGAAGCAGCUGUGGAACAUGGCGCCACAGUGGUGGUGGCCAGUUCCAAGCAAGCAAAGGUCAGCCGUGCCGUGCAAAGGAUCCAGCAAGCAUAUCCAGACGCGGCAGAUCGCAUCCGCGGCAAGACCGUCGACUUGAGCUCGGACAAUGUUGAAGAACAGAUCGAUGCCCUCUACGAGUUUGCAACCGAGGCUGGCACGCGGAAGUUGGACCACGUCGUUGUGACCGCUGGCGAGGGUUUCGGGAUGGUACCCUUGGCGAAUGUCACUCCUCAGGCCGUGGUGGAUCCGUACAAAAUCAGACUGGUGGGCUGCACCAUGCUGGCGAAGAUUGCGAUGCGGUAUCUCACCGUCAGCGCCGCCUCUUCGUUCACCUUGACGGGCGGCGUGAGCGAUGCCAAGCCCACGGCGGGAUGGACGGUCAUGGCCCCCGUGGGUGCGGCCGUGCGAGGGCUCACCCACGCGCUGGCCAACGAUAUGAAGCCCGUCAGAGUCAAUUGCGUGUGCCCGGGUGCGGUCAGGACGGAAAUGUUCGACACCUUUACUGGGGACCGGCUACAGGAGGUCCUCGACAUGUAUACGGCCAAGACUUUGACGGGCCGGAUCGGCACACCUGAGGAUCUGGCGCAAAGCUACCUUUCUGUAAUGGAGAACAAGUUCAUGACGGGCCAGGAAAUAACGUGUGACGGAGGAUAUCUUUUGUGUUGA